CGAUGCUCUCAAAUGUGACACAAGUCGAGGGACAGGCCACCUCAUCCUCACACGACGUUCAUAUUAUUUCAUAGGCUGCAUGCUCUCAAGUCACUCAUGGUCUGGUGUGGCAGCGCCUCUGAUUACCUAAAAGGUAAACAGACUACCCAAGCUGGGCGCUCAGGUCAGGUACCUGAACCACCAGCUGGAACCCCUUUUAGCGCCGCUGGCUGGUCCUUCUUUGCCAUCCCUUCAUCAUCAUCCUCUACUCCCUUUUCUGUACCGUUUCCCCUAAUCCUGUGUGCUGGUCGCUAGCGGCCGCCAUGAACAGCCGAAUGUCACUCCUUAUUGCGCUCCUCGGCUCUCUCCCCUUCACCCUAGGCCUGCCGCAGUCUACUGUCUCUACCACGGCACCGACCUCUGUACUCUUUCCACUUCCAAAGCUUGUAGUCGCACACGUUAUUGUCGGGAAUACUCAGCCCUACAGUGUCUCCGACUGGUCUAACGACAUCGCUCUGGCACAGAAAGCUGGCAUUGACGCUUUUGCUCUAAAUUACGGCUCGCCAGGAUGGGAGCCUGGACAGCUCUCCAACGUCUAUCAAGCUGCUCUCUCCCACUCUGGGUUCAAGCUAUUCCUGUCAGCUGACAUGACCUCCCUAUCCGGCGGCUCGCAAGGGGACGCCCAGAACUUGGCCAACCAAGUGAAGCAAUUUGUCAACCACCCUGCGCAGCUCACAUAUGGAGGGAAGACGUUAUUGGGCACGUUCUCAGGAGAAUAUAGCACGUUCGGACAAGGAAGCAUCGAGGCGGGUUGGAAGAUGGUGCUGAAUUUAAUUGGCUCUCCGGUUGCGUUCUUCCCCGCAUGGUUUGUGGAUCCAAGCACCUUUGGGCAGUACCCAGUACUGAGCGGAGCCCUGAACUGGAACGGUGCCUGGCCGAUGGGAUCCACCGACCUAACGUUCGACAGCGACUCGCAAUGGAUCCGCGGAUUGGGAGCUAAGGCAUACAUGGCACCGGUGUCUCCGAACUUCUUCACGCACUACGGCCCGAAUACGUACAACAAGAACUGGAUUUAUCGGAGCGACGACAGCUUAUAUGCAACGAGAUGGGAAACACUGAUCUCAAAUAGGAAUUCUGUCGCCAUUGCGCAGAUCAUCACUUGGAAUGAUUACGGUGAAUCGCAUUAUAUCGGACCGAUCAAGGGCGAUGAGUCAAUGGCCAAUGCCUGGGUCGACGGGUAUGACCAUACCCCUUGGCUGACCAUGACAAACUAUUACGCCACGGCAUUCAAGACUGGAAGGUACCCGUCGAUAACCCAAGACCAAGUGUACAUCUAUGCACGGCCACACCCGAAGGCAGCGAAUGCUCAGAACGAUGGCGUUGGCAGACCGAAUAAUUGGCAGAAUACGGACGACAACUUCUAUGUUACCGUCUUUGCCACAUCUCCCGCCCAAGUGGUCCUUUCCACGCCAAAUCGGGGAAGCAAGCCCAACCCUCCCGCAUCCGGCCCGAAUGCGCAAACCUUCAAUAUUCGGGCUGGUGUUUCACAUCUCAAGCUCGCACUACAACCAGGAAACUGCAUGCGCGCAACGUUGAUGCGCUCAAAUCGUGUCGUGGUUGAUGUUUACCCCACCGGGUAUUUCUUCAAUCCUAACCCGCCCACGUUUAACUUCAAUGUAUUCGUGCAUCGUGCUUCAACAUAG